AAGUUUCACAAGUUCAAUUUUAGUAGACUGAUGUCGGGAGUCGGGACGCUUGUGAAUAAACCAGAAGGGUUUCGGAAGAGUUAGCUGCUAAUUAUUCUGAACUAGGUUCCGCGUCUAACAAAUAAACUUUCGACAUAGCUAACAGCCGCUAUUGAUCCAAGGAAUCCCCGACGCUAUUAAAUCCUCAGGGCCGAUUCCGAGGGUUUAAUAGAGAGCCGCUUUGACGCAGAUAAACGUUCAGGGCCGUUUUCAAGGAGUUUCCAGGGAGUUUCCGAGGGAUGGAAUUCGUGUCGCCGGAGCAGCUGCGGCUGGACGGGCGACGGCCGAAAGAGCUGCGCCAACUCAAGUGCGAGCUGGGUGUGCUGCGAUCUGCUGAUGGGUCCGCGUCGUUUGAGAUGGGCAACACCAAGGUGCUGGCAGUGGUGUACGGGCCACACGAGGUGACCAACCGUGCCGACGCCGUACCAGAUAGAGCGGUGGUGCGGUGCGAGUAUGGCAUGGCGUCCUUCAGCACCGGGGAGAGGCGGAGACGAGGGAAGAUGGACAGGCGGUCAGUGGAGAUAUCGCUGGUCAUCCGCCAAACACUAGAAGCAGCCAUCAUGCUCGAGCUUCUACCACGCACUCAGAUCGACAUUUUUGUUCAAGUCUUGCAAGCUGAUGGCGGCACACGGUCCGCAUGCAUCAAUGCAGCGACGCUCGCUCUGUGCCAUGCGGGUAUCCCCAUGCGAGAUCUGGCUACCAGCUGCGCCUCUGGUUACCUCAACGCCACUCCGCUGCUAGACCUCAACUACGUGGAGGACAGUGGCGGUGGCCCGGAUGUCACAGUGGGCUACUUGCCAUCGUCUGAUAAGAUCUCGCUGCUGCAGAUGGACGCCAAGCUACAGAUGGAGACAUUCGAGGAGGUGGUCAAGCUCGCUGUCACCGGGUGCAAGGCCAUAGCCCACCGCAUGAGACAGGUGCUUAUGGAGCACACCGAGCGUUUAGCGCUUGCUCGUGGAGCAAUGCAAUUGUAGAUUGUGUUGAGAGGUUGUCCCAUGCUUGUAAUGUUUUCCAGCGAUUUAGGGCAUAAUUUUAUUAAUUGCAACACAACCGAAAUUCUAUAAGAUGGUUGUGAUGCUGGUUCUAGGUAAUGGGACAACUUAGCGUCGGAAAUGUCAUGCGGGAGUUGAAAAAUGCCAGACACACGCGUCGCACGCGCCACGCCACGCGUUGGGCAUGUUUGUGUCUGUCACUUUCGCAACAGUGAUCGCCUGGACGACCAAUCGAACACUGUUGUGUAAAUCUGAUGUGUGCCGCGGUGUUCUAUUAGAGUGUGUUCUUACCAGGGC